CAACACGGGGCGGGCCGUGAGGGACCGGGCCAGCAUCCGGAUCCCCAACCUCAAGACCACCAUGCGUGUGCUCCUCCAGGCGGGCGCUGACAUCGCUCUCAUGCCCACAGCCACAGAGCAUGACCGCCGCCGUCGCCAGCUUGUGCUGCCCGAGUAUGCGACAGUGCUCAACAAUCUGCCGGAUGACGUCAUGGCUGCCGUCAACGCCGCCCUCGCCCCUCAGCGGUCACUCGCGGCCUUGCUCGGCCCCCGGCUGGCCGUCGGCCCGCAGGAGGCCCCCAUCUUCGCCUGGCGCCUCGCAUCGUACCUCUUCGACAUGGCGGCUGCCACCCAGACCAUCACUGAGGCCAUCGGCUUGCCGCACUCCGCUAUGGCCCGGCGUGUGCGUGCGGCUGUCGAGCAUUUCGUCCGCUCGGCAGUGUACGAGGCCAGCAGCAACAGGGGGGUGGUGGGCGGGAUGGCCGAUGUGGGCGGCGAGAUGGUGCGGGUGCCGCUGCAGUGCUUUGCCAUCAAUGCGGCGCAGCAGGGCGGGCAGCACCGGCUGCUGGGUGUGCGUGAGGUGGUGCACAGGGCCCGGCUGGACGAGGCGGCGCAGCAUGGCGUGGCGGGGCUGGUCAAGGGCUUCAACGAGCACCUGGGCGAUGACGACUGCCACUUCCAGUGGCAGCAGCUGGGGUGCGUCGAGAGGGGCCGGGACGGCAGAGCGACCUUCAGACAGCUGCAGCUGACGUGAGAUGGGCGGGCGAGGCACGUCGAUUGGUUGAUGGAUGGAUGGAUGAGGGGAAGACAGUCAGGCGGGCGGGCAGGUUUUGAUGUGCGCAUGAAUAGAUUGGUGUCGCUGCCUCACCUGGUCCUGCUUGUCGUGCGUGGAUGCAAGGACGGAGAAUUGGGAGGCAGGCCAGCAGAUGGACAGGUACCUAUCAGUCGGUGUGAGUCACUCUCAUGAUGUGUUCACUCAGUGGCACUCAUCUAGUCGGCGUCACUGACGUGAAUGGGGUGAUGGAGGGCUCAUCUGCUGCCAGCCUGCCAAUGCGCGAAAGUUGUGAGGGACGAAUUCACAUGUUCGUGUUGCUGUAUGUGUCUGUGCGGCGACUUAAUGGCUGAAUGACACUGCAUUUAAUCGAUGACAGCU